ACACACGCUUCUCUCCAGUGAUUUUGGCCAGAAGUUGAUGUACACGUCAGAGUGCAAGCCUGGAACUGGUAAGCGGACGUGUGCGAUGACCUCAGCAGUUUGUGCGCAUCAGCUGACGCUGGCAGACACCGGAAGACAUGCAACGGAAGGUGGAGAUGCCGAUCAACGAAGGAUUCUCCAUCGCUGGCCCUUCAACCACUCCUCGGAAGCGGCAGGUACGUUUCUCCGCCCGCCAUGACAUCCUGCUCCUGCGCGAGGUCAUAGCUCAGAACCCGUUUACCUCGAAGGAGUCGGGACGGAUCUGGGCUCGGGUGGGCGAGAUCGUUACUGCGGCGCUGCAGGAUGAGAACUUUGAGGUGGACGGACGCAGAUGCAGGGAGAGAACUAUGCUGCUGCUGGACUACUACAAAAAGCAGGACUUUCCCAGCCUGCGCAGGUUUGGCACAGAGAGGCUCUAUGCUCAGAAGGAGGAUCUUCUGCACGAGGUUCUAGAGCUUGAGGCAGAGAAAAACCUGAUGGCAAGUGGUGAAGGGAAAUACCAGGAUGGAGAGAUGAAGAAGAGAACGCUGGAGGAGCUUACAUUGCCCGAGCCGGACAAACCCACUGUGCUUCCAGUCACGGCAGCGGCACCUACAGUGUCUGGUUCUUUGGAGCCGGAGGAACAAGAAGACCUGGUCGAGCUGUCUGCACCCACAGCCAAGCGGCCGUGCCAGUGCUGCUGCCAGACGUACUCAGAGAUCCUGAGCUUCCUGGAGAAACGCUCAGAAGCCGAGCAGCGGCUGCGUGAAGAGGAGAUGGCGCUCCGCAGGGAAGAGCUUGAGAUCCAGAGAAGCAAAAUUGCUCUGGAACGUGAACGACUCGGUGCUGAGAGGAAGGAACGUGAGCGGCGAUUUGAGCUGGAGAGCCAGGAGAGGCAAGUCAUCCUCGACCUGCUCAAGGAGAAAGUUCUCAAGAGCGAAAAGAAUUCUGAGUGCUGACUUUUUCUGAAAAACAAAACUCUGCUACAGUUCCGGUAGCUUGGACUCAUUUUGCUAACCUGUUGCUAACUUUCUCCUCACAAACUCUUCUUCUUUUUGCUCAAGAGUUCGUAGAAUUAAUUCUAUCAAGUAAUAGCUGUUUGAAAUACUUAAAAAAAGUAGGACAUUGUACAUAAAUGUUUGGAAUCUAAAUGUAGUAUCUAGCUAACAUCUAGCUAGUGAAUUGGCUAAAUAUUAAUUUAUAUAGUGGCUAAAUGGCUAAAUAUUAAUGGCUAAAUUGCUAAAUAUUAAUGGCUAUAAAUGGCUAAAUAUUAAUUUAUGUAGCACUUUAAAAAGGCCAUAUCCCAAACACUAGUACUCAAGUUUAUGGCUGGGUUUUACAACAACAACAUCUUAAUUACUUUCUAAUGAAAACAAAUAAUUAAGACUAAAAACCCACCAAAUCAUAAUACAAAUAAAUUUUGAAAUUAAAUGUAUUAAAUGACAAUUUAAUAAGAAUUCAGUAUAAAAUUUUAAAACCAUAUAAACAAUUAAGGACAUAUAAUGAUCUAAAAUAUAUUUUAGCCACGGAAUCUUAUUUAUGACAUUUUGCCCGGCUUGAGUUUUUAUUUGAAGUUAAUUAUAACAAAUCAUGGUCGUUGCUAAAACUUUUUGUUGCACAAAUUACAAAUCCUGAGCAGCUAGUCGCUAGCAUUUCAGAAUGCUAGUAUUUCAGGACUUUAAACACAAACGUCCUCCGGCUUGUGGUUACAGCGAGUGUAGCUACGUUUCCCUUUUAUUUCUGUUAAAGAAUUGUAAAGCGUGAGCUAUCUGAUAAUGUCAUUCUAUACACAAGACAACUGAAACAUAAAUCCUCACACGGUUUUAUUUUUCUCAAUGGUGUAAUGACCUUUUAGUAAAAUAUCAGCGUAAAGUUGUAAAAAGAAAUGCUUUACAACUUAUCUGAUAUAACCGAGUCGGUUUAUAUACAGUACAUUAGCAGGAAAUGAGGAAUCUUUAGCUAGCAUUGCUCUGGAAAUCUUAGCUAGCUAUGAUAACAGAGCGAAGUGAGAAUAACAAUUUUGCACUUUUACGAUUAUUAUUAUUAUUAUUAUUUAGCAAAAAUUGUGUUGUUUUAGAAUUUCAAAUUCUUGUAGCAGAAGAAUAAAGAAUUUGGUCAUAUAUUCUUAAGAAUAAUCUUUAAAGUUUGCUGAAAAUUGAUAAAAGUCUAUGGGGGACACUUACUUUCACCCAGCAGUGGAAAUCCGUGACACCUACAGUAUGUGCGACAUUUCUAGACAAUUCUGUGUGUUAAAUUCUAAACUAUAGUGUUUGGAAUGGCGACGUUUAGAAGAUGAACAAGAGAUUCGAUUGAUUACGCCAGCUGGUGAAACACAUCAAUGUUACUGUAUGCUAUCAGUCAACUUUAAGCACCUUUCAGCUGCUAGCAACACUCCUGUCCUUCCUGAAAUACAGAUAUUGCUCUCAUGGCAUGACAGCUUCUAAGAGACAAGGACACGGGCGUCUCUGGGUCAAAAAGGAUGGAGCUCAAGUUCGGAAAAAAAAGUUAGUUGGCUUUAAAGAUAACUCUGUUUCCAACAGCAUUGUGCUAGCAUUAGCUAGCUAGACGUAGUUCAUGUAAAAUACCCCUCUAACAGGGGUAAUGCUAGCUAAUGCUUUUUUUAAAGCCAAGUUUACUAGCGCAUGAGCAUAAUGUUAUGCGAACCAUUCUAUUGUGUACAUAAUAUCAAUAGCCAAGCUUGUUAGCAAGCUAGGAAACAUUGGGCUAAUUAAUUUAUAGUAAAAUUAAACUAGUUUACUUCGGCAGAUUUAUUUUAUUUGUUUAAUAUUAACAUUAACAUUAUUAACCAGCAGCUAAGUUUGUCAUGUUUGUAAAUCAUUUUAUUUUAUUUUAUUUAUUUUAAGAAUAGCUGUCAAAAAAGAGUGAAGAAAAAAAAUGAUAGAGCAUAAUUAAGGUAUGGUGAUGAUGUCAAAUGAUCAAGUUUGUGAUGAACAAUUAAACUUAAGCCCCGCCCUCCUUGACGUGGCAACACUCGCUAUUUAGCAGAUUCAGGACUCAUUUAAAUGCUGUAAUGUUGUUGCAAGUUGUUGUUGUUUUAUUGUUUGUCUUAUUUCUUUUUUAUUUAAAAUCCAGCUGUUGCUGCAUGACGUAAAUGACUUUAAGGAUGUACAAUCACAAUUUUUUGGGUUUGUAAGCUGCUGUAGAUGUAAAGUUUGUUACAUUUGUCUGAUUUUCUGUACAGUCAUAUGUUUGUUGUGAAACGAUGCAAAUCCCUCGUCGUGCAUCUCGUAGCCAAGUCUUUGUCGAGAGACGACAAUAAUUGAUGUUUAUGUUGUCGAACAUUUACUAUGUGCUGCCAUUUUUCCCCCCAUGUCUUUGUUGCACUCAUAGAGUCGAAGCGACUUCCUGGUGAAAAGCAAUGUUAAUUAUAUAAUAUUGACGAGAAUAUUCCAGGGCUUCGCUUGUACGUAUUUUUAGUGAUAUUAUUUUUGCUAAAUGAAAAUUAAAAUAAUAUGAUACUACUGAGAUGUAACAUGCUAUAGAAGUAUUUGGAUUACACAGCUUUAUAUUAUGAAUAAAAGUUUGAAUAAUU